AUGCAGUUGACGAGACGGUCCUCCUCCAUCGAAAUUCCCAGCAGACAAGCAGCUCUGGCAGCUCGAGGAACGCUGUCAGUCCGUCGAACGAUCAGUCGAAGCUUGCGUGGCUGUCUGCGCAGUAUGUCGACCAGUCAUGCCGAAGCGCUGUCGAGCAGCGACGCAGAACAGCUGCAGAGAGCCAUCACCGAGCAGGGCAACCUCGUGCGCUCACUCAAGAGCGACAAGUCGACACCAAAGGCCGACAUAGAUGCAGGAGUAGAAGCCCUAAAGGCAAUGAAGGCCAGACUGCAGUCGCUCACACCUGCGAGCACGAGCGCAAGCUCCAAUCCUCAGACGUCAAUCCUCGGUCAAUCGACUGCUUCCAGUGUGGCACCCUCGGGCAGCAACCUACGCAAGACGAACAACGCCAAGAAGGGAGCCUACACGCUCAAGGUGCCCAAAGGCACAAAGGAUCACAGUCCUUCGGAGAUGCUCCUGCGCAAGCAUAUCUUUGCAACCAUCACCCGCCAAUUUGAGCUUCACGGCGCCGUCACGAUUGACACGCCUGUCUUUGAGCUCAAAGAGAUCCUUGCUGGCAAAUACGGCGAGGACAGCAAGCUGAUCUAUGAUCUCCAAGAUCAAGGCGGUGAACUCUGCAGCUUGCGAUAUGAUCUCACUGUGCCCUUUGCCCGCUUCCUGGCCAUGAACGGUCAGACCUACCAGAACAUCAAGCGCUACCAUAUCGCAAAGGUCUACAGACGCGACAACCCAGCCAUGAGCAAAGGCCGCAUGCGCGAAUUCUACCAAUGCGAUCUUGAUAUAGCCGGAAGCUACGACCCCAUGGUACCUGAUGCAGAAGUACUCAAGAUUGUUUGCGACGUACUCAACGCCCUUCAAGUGGGCGACUUUACCGUCAAGAUCAAUCAUCGCAAGAUUCUAGAUGGUAUCUUUGCCGUCUGCGGCGUGCCCACCGACAAGACCAGAGCAAUAUCGAGCUCGGUCGACAAGCUCGAUAAGACGCCUUGGGCAGAAGUGCGCGAAGAGAUGACGGGCGAGAAAGGUCUCGAUCCAGCUGUAGCCGACCGUAUCGGCGAAUAUGUCAAGCUCAAAGGCGGCCGAGAAUUGCUCGAUCAGCUCAACGGUGACGCAAAACUAACAGGCAACAAGACCGCGAGUGAAGGCCUGGUAGACAUGGCAUUACUUUUCAACUACCUCUCUAUCUUUGGCGUGCUCGACAAGAUGUCAUUCGAUCUGAGCUUGGCUAGAGGACUCGACUACUACACAGGCAUCAUCUACGAGGCCAUCGUCGAAGGUUCAGCACCUCCUGGACUCAAAGAAGGCAAGACAUCAGCAAAGAAACCCACCGAUGCAGACGGCGAGAUGGACGAGACACAAGUUGGCGUAGGCUCCAUCGCGGGCGGUGGACGCUACGACAACCUUGUGGGCAUGUUCUCCGGCUCAGACGGCAAGAAGGGCCUGCAAAUACCCUGUGUGGGUGUCAGUAUCGGCGUCGAACGUGUCUUCUCGAUACUACAACAGAAAGCGAAGGAUCAAGUCAACCCGAGAGGCAAGGAUGUCGAUGUCUUUGUCAUGUCAGUCGGCGACGGUCUGCUCGAGGAGCGUAUGGCUAUAUGUUCUGAGCUCUGGCAGGCCGGCCUACGCGCGGAAUUCACGUACAAGCGCAAGCCAAAGAUGCCCGCACAGUUCGAAGCCAUCGAUCGCGAUCAGAUACCGAUUGCAGUCAUUGUGGGCGUGGACGAGCUCAGAGAGGGCAAGGUGCGCAUCAAGGAACAAGUCGGCAAGGAGGAAAAUUCGAGCAGCAAGGGCGAGCCAGUCUCGCGAACGGACAUGGUCAGCUUCAUCAAGGAAGCGCUAGCCAGACGGCAAAGAUAA